CCUCACCAGCAUAUCAAGUGCUUAUUCCAGAAGUUGCUUGCUGCUUCACUUUCAUAUGGGGAAAGCAGGAUGAGCUUUCUGCACAAAUUAGUUUUCUUCUGUAUUCUUUCUCUUGUUUCACCACUCCUUACUUCAUCCCAAGAGCAUGUGAAAGGUGUAAGCAAUCAUAAAGAGCAUAUUCAUAAGCAGAUGAGUAGCAAACUGUCGUUCGAAAUUAAGCUUCACGGAUUUCUGUUUUGGGCUUCAAUGGGGUUCUUGAUGCCUGUAGGACUACUUGCUAUUAGAAUGUCACACAGAGUUGAGUGUGGAAGGAAGCUCAGAAUUCUAUUUUAUGUUCAUGCUUUAUCAGAGAUACUCUCUCUACUUCUUUCAACAGCAGGAGCUGUAAUGUCCUUCAGAAACUUCAACAACUCCUUCAACAAUAAGCACCAAAGGCUUGGGGUUUGCCUCUAUGGUCUUAUAUGGCUGCAAGCCCUAAUUGGCAUUGUAAGACCAGAAAGGGGUACCAGGGGAAGAAGCAUAUGGUUUUUGGUGCAUUGGAUACUUGGAACAGCAGUAUCUCUGCUUGGGGUGCUCAACAUAUACACAGGUUUAGUAGCCUACCACGAGAAGACAUCGAAAGGCAUACAGUUCUGGAUAAUAGUUUUCACAGCUCAAGUAUGUUUUAUUACCUUCUUCUACCUGUUACAAGACAAAUGGGAUUAUAUACAAAAUCAAGAAGUGAGUUUGGGCAAUGAAUCAAAAAGGACCACCAUAAAUCAAGUGGUUUUGCCAAGAGACAAGCAAAAGGAAGUUGCACUGGCAGAGACUUGUUAAGAAAGCAAGUACCAGAUGACUUGUUUUUAUUACCAUGGAAUUUCUCCUUUUCCCUUUUUGUUUUAUCUUUUUUAUAUAUAGAAUAUAUAUGUUUAGCUUUUUGAUCUUUUUUCAAUAGGGACUGGGUGAUGGUGUUCAUAGCAGGUGAAGAAUUGGAUGUUGGGAUUAGAUUUCUUGAAUAAUAAGAUGAAUCAAUACCAUUUUCUAGCUUGCUGAAACA